AUGCCCCAUUUUAACUACAAUCUCCGUCCUGGACAGGAAACUCCAAUCACCAAAGCGAACAGGGCUGCAAUGAUGACCCGAUAUGGAGUGUACUGGUUGCUCGCAGCACUAAUGGCUGUCACUGAACAAAAGGAAAUGUCUAUUGUCGAAGUUGCCAAACGGCUCCCUCUCAUUUUCGAGCAGGUAGCCAAACAAGAUUCCCACCUCGAAGCCAGCUUUCGUAGGGAGGCCAUGAAAGAGGUGUAUCCAAGCUAUGACGAGAUACUUUCUGCAGCCGGCAGGUUUGGUAAGCUUGACGCUGAGAAUGAAAGGAUCCGGAAGCGUGCUAUGAAGUACAAAGCUGCUGUCAGGAAGCUUUGCGCUCUCUACCCAACCGAGAGCUUUGUUAUUCCCUCCGGUGUCGCUGAUGUCCCAACUCAUAAGCUGGAGGAAUUUGUUAUGAGGACAUUUGAAAGCAAGUUCCCCACAAAGGAACGAGAGGAAAUGCCUCCAAACUUCCAACCAUGCCUAGAAUGGGCAGCGUUGGUUAGACUUGAAGCGUGGACCAAUCCAAAUCCUACUCCUUUCUUCCCUGUAUUCACCACUUCUAUUCCAAUCGGUGUAGACUUGAUCAAAGUAACUGUAGGGAAUGCCAAACCUUCGCCGAAACCCUUUGGCGAGAGUGCUCUCCUCGUCCCAAACUGA